UUAUCAGCACGAGGCUCUAACAAACUGAGAUUUAUCGGAAAUCUGAGAUCAAUCACAAGAAUUUGUAGCCGUUUUCCCGUCGCCGGCCAACAACACAUAUUCAUCACUCUGUUUCUGUUUUGUGAUUCCGAACAUCUUCGGCUCAUACAUCCAGUUAGCAAAUGAAGGAAGCUUUCCAAAGGAGCUAAAUUCAUUACUCAAUAUGAAGUUUGCCUUCAAGAUUGUUGUUUCUUCUUUUAACAUCAGCAAGAAGUCUGAUGGAUACUCAGUCUCCAAGAUGACUGAUAACCCGGUUGUUUUGUCCGAGCUUGAUAAACAUUUUGACACUAUUCAGCCUAUUGAUGAGGAAGCCGUCAAUGUCGAACCAUCCGAUUCAAAUCGUAAUGAUGAUUUGCCUGUUAAGGAUUCUAUAUCCCAAACGGGAGACGAUGUAACCCCUUGCUCAAAUGUGUUUAAAGUUGGCUUUACAACAUCGUUUGAUCAGAAGGAUGCUGACUUUGAUACGAGCAACGAGCGUGACUUGAAGCGCAAUUUGGAUACCGUGUAUGACGUGGAUGAUGUAUCUUCGCAGUCUUCGUCGAAGUCGCGUAAAGAUGGUGGUGUGGAUGCAGUUCUUCUAAUUCCAAAGAAAGAAAAGUAGUCACCUAUAAUUCGAACAUUUGAUAUCAUCGGCUGUUUUUUCUUAAGUAUUUGGCUAUUUUUGUUUAUUUUGACAAUGGUUUUAACUGUGUGGUUGAUUUUUAUGAACAUGAUUGUCUUAUUGUUUAGUUGUUUGUUUUGAAUAUCAAUUGUU